AUGUGGAAGAUCGGGGCAUCUUGUCUUGGUGUUCAAUAUGUCGAUCUGCCAGACGUCCCCGCUGCGCUACAAGCCAAGGUGCAAGGAUUGGAGCAGCAAUUGCAUGAUCGCAGCCAGCAGCUAAGUGACAUAGCCGCGUCUUUGCGCGUCUCAGAGGCACACAUCACACCGGAGGUGCAAGAUUUGCAACAUGCAUUGGCGGGACGCGAAGAGACGUUGGAGAAAUUGGCCAAGUCGCUUGGGGCCACAGAUGUGGAGAUGGUUGCCACAUCUGUUGAUGGCCUCAAAGCGCAGGUUCAGCAGGCUGGUCGCGAUCUCUUUGGACGUGAUGAGAUCCUUGCAGAGACUGCUGCCGGCAUUGCAGAUUUUCUGGAGUUGCUGGGCUUGCCAGCGCCAGAGUUGCCUAAAGGUGCCGCGGAAGCCGCCCGAGCAGCCUUGGAGGCCCUGGACUCUGCAGAAGAAGCAGCAGCGAAGAUGGCUCGCUCAGUUCGGAUGGCUAAGCAGGCCGACGCUACAAGGACAAAUCAUUCCGGUGGAGCUUCUGAAUCCUGA